AUGCAAAGGGCACAGCUUACCAUCAGGGCUCUCAACAAUACAUUGGAGGGGGUCUCUUCACCCGCCAUAACUUUGUAUGAUGUGUUGUCUGUGUCUCAGAGCGUGGAAUUGAAUGAAUUGAAGAAAGCUUAUAGAGAGAAGGUUAGGGUUUACCAUCCAGAUGUUUGCCCACCUGCUGAAAGAGAGGAAUCCAGUAAGAUGUUUCUCCAGGUGCAGGAAGCCUAUGAGACACUGUCUGAUCCCAUGCUCAGGGCUGACUAUGAUUUUAACCUGCAUUUCAAUCCCCAAAUAAUGUUGUUGAACAAGAGGAAUGGGAGUGUGAGGGAUGGUUCCGCCAAGCAGCAAUGGGCGGAACAACUUCAAAGGCUUAAUAGAGGCAUGGACAUGAGCAUGGAGAGGGAAAGUUGGGGAGGAAGAAUGCGCAGAAACCAAAAAGUUGCCCGAAACUCAAAGUAA